AUUUCGCAUGUAAGUGAUAAAAGAUGAACGGCAUUUUACUGUUGACCGUGGAGUUAGCUAUGGUUGUUUGCCUAUUCCAGUAUUACCCUGAACACAAUUCUGCCUCCAAACAGAAUAAGAGUUGCCCAACAAUUAAAUUAAUGACAGACACAGCACCCCAGACAUUCAUUUUGCACUGUUUGGCUUCCAAUGGUCUUUUAUUAUGAAAUCCUUCACCCGGAAGAGUCAAUCAGAGCAGAAUCCAAAUUUGUGUAUUGGAAGCGGUCAAGUUAAUUCCCACCGGCGCCGACAGCAUGACACAAGAUCAGCAGCGCCCCGGUGUAGGAGUCGGAGUGUUGGUCACAGAUUUAGCAAAACCUUACUGCGUCCUCGUCGGAAAGAGGAAAAGUCUAGUUGGAAACGGAACGUAUCAGUUACCCGGCGGUCACUUAGAGUUUGGAGAAACGUGGGAAGAGUGUGCACGACGGGAGGUGAUGGAGGAGGCAGGACUGCAUUUGAGAAAUAUACGUUUCGCCUCCGUGGUGAACUCUAUCAAACUACAAGAGCACUAUCACUAUGUGACUAUCAUCAUGCAAGGCGAACUGGACCCCAGUUGUCCAGGAGAGCCAGUCAAUCUGGAACCAGAAAAGAACGAAGGUUGGACUUGGACUAGGUGGGACCAGUUUCCCCCAGAAGAUGAACUCUUCCUUCCCCUCGCCUGCUUGAGACAACAGGGUUACCAGCCUUUCAGAGACACUCGUGAGAGUGACCUCAACUCCACCGCAACUUCCCAGUGACAGUUGGCAACACAACGCAACCACACUGGCGAGUCCAAAGCAUUGAUUUAUUCAUUUAUUUGAAUGAAUUGUAAAGUGCAAAUAAAUAUUUCUGCCGUUUUAUUUCAAAGUAGGUCUACAAAUUACCCGUUUAUGGUAUGCAAAUUGUCUCACUCAAAGCACAUAGUGAAUAUUAAAAUAUGAAGUUUGAAUACC